CGUGUUGUGGAGCAGCGGGAGUGGCCGGGCGCAGGGUCACUGCUCGCCGCGGAGCCGGAGCCUUGGUCCGAGGCCGCGGCUGCCGCUCCUUCCCCUCCCGGCGGCGCAGCCCUCUUCAGGGAGGCGGCCGACGGGAUCAGCUCCCGGGCCGAUGCUGCUGCCGGCCUGGGAAUUAUGGCUCUACGGGCUCCUCACCGUGGGCUCCCACCUCUACGCGUUCUACGAAGCGCACCAAGUGUCCCGAAAGUAUGAAGCUGUGAUGGACAGAAUGUUUGGGCUGGACCCAGGAACUCUCUUUUGGGGCCUCAGAAAGGACCCCAUGGACUUUGAGUGGAGCUACUGGAUCGAAUGGGGAAGGGAACGUAUACUGUGGCUUCUGGCUGGUCACCUGCUGGUAUCACAAGUGUCCAGGCUCCUGGUGGAGAAGUAUAAACCAUGGUGCUUGAUGGUUUAUGGAAUGGCUGCCUGCUGGUUGUUACUGGGAAUCAAGGGGUUUGCUGUCAUUUUGUUACAUGCAGCUGUUUCAUUUGCUGUGGCUCAGUUUCAGCUGUCACUCCUGACGUGGUUGUGCUCCCUUAUCUUGCUGUCCACUUUACGCAUACCAACUGUGGAAGAAACCAAGAGGAAGUGGUACGACACUGAAAAUGAGUAUUAUCUGCUGCUCUUCACUGUGUCAGUCCGCUGCCUCUUCUGCACUAGCUUCAGCCUGGAGUACUGCUGGCAUGGACCUACCCAGAAGUCAUCCCACUCAUUCCCAUGGAUGCUGGCAUAUGUGUUUUAUUAUCCCACAUUCCACAACGGACCCCUUAUGAAUUUUGAUGAAUUCAGUAAGCAGAUGAGGAGACAAGAAGCUUUCAGUGUGAAGAGCAAUCUCAGCAUCUUAAUCGUGGGCAUAAUCCGUAUUUUCUUUUGGUGGUGCCUGGCUGAGCUGAUGAUUCAUCUCAUGUAUAUCCAUGCUCUCUACAGUAGUGCUCUGCCUUUGGAGUCUGCAUCCUACUGGGCCUUGGGUGGCCUGGCUCUAGCUCAAGUACUGUUUUUUUACGUGAAAUACCUGGUUCUGUAUGGUGUUCCUGCCCUCCUCCUUCAAAUGGAUGGACUCAAACCUCCAGCUCUGCCUCGCUGUGUGAGCCUGAUGCACAGUUUCACUAAAAUGUGGAGAAGUUUUGAUGUUGGUUUACAUCGCUUUCUGGUCAGGUACAUUUAUGUUCCAAUGGGAGGAUCUCAGUCCAGUUUGCUUGGAAUGCUAUUUUCUACAGCCCUCACUUUUGCCUUUGUAAGCUAUUGGCACGGAGGACAGAGUUAUUUGUGGUACUGGGGCGCACUUAAUUGGUUUGGAGUAAUUGUGGAAAAUGGCAUCAAGAGGAUACUUUCUAUUUCACUUAUUCAAGAUUUAAUUGAACGUUUCUUCUCGCCAAGAAUUCGUCGUCGACUUCAUGCUGUCCUAGCAUCUGUUAGCACUUCAAUGUUGAUUUUAUCAAAUCUAAUAUUUCUUGGAGGAAAUCAAGUUGGAAAAAUCUACUGGAACAGGAUCUUUAUGGAAG